GGUCCGUGGAAAACGCAAAGCGCCGCGUGUGUUGCAAUAAGUGGUUGGCCUGAUUGGCAAAUUUUAAUGAUCAUCAAAUGGCCAUAGUCUUGAAAUUCUCUAAACCGGAUAGCAGCAUUCAGUGGGGCUUCAGGCUGGUCGGGGGGGCCGAUUUCGAAACACCCUUAAUUGUUGUGAAGGUCAAUGAAGAUAGUAUUGCAGAAAAAGCAGGGCUAGCUGAGGGUGAUAUAAUAGUUAGGAUAAACGAAACCUCAACCACCAAUCUUACCCAUACCCAAGCUCAUGAUCUUUUGUCUAAAGUGGGAAAUGAAUUUGAAAUAGGAGUACGAAGAGGGGAUAUUGAAUUUUAUCAACAAUGGGUUAAUGAUAUUGAAAACAACACCGAAGUAUCGGAAAUUUUAAAAAGUACUCCUGAAGUCCAAGAAAAAUAUACUAGUUUUUUGCAAAAAUUGGUUGAGGAAGAAGAUCAACAAAAUAAAAAUAUUGAUAUAAAGGAAAUACAAACUUCUAGUGGAAACAUUGUGAUAACAACAGAAAAACAAACCGUAAACGAACAUGUUCAAAAUGAACUAACCAACGAUGACAUGAAGACUACAAAGUUGAAUCCACCCCUUGCGGACAUAAAGCAGCAGCAGGAAGUAAAUCUAGAAAACUUUUCAGGUCAAGAAGCAACUUUGGACACGACCGAAAAAGAUAGAAAAUGGUCCACAUUCUUACAAAGACCAAAAAAUCCAAAACCGGUGCCAAAGAAGCAAGAAGAGGAAAGAAAAAUAUUGGGUGAACCUUACAGAGUCGUCAUUAAAAAACAAAAGAGAAAAGCUUUCCAAGAUAAAAAAGUUGUGUUUGAUGAAAGUGAUACAGUUAUAAACGAAUCUGAGUCAUUCGUUGCUGAUUCUAUUGAAGACAUGGAGGAGGCGGAUAUAUUAACAGAAGGUACCGAAGAUAUUAUAUCUGAUCUGGAGGUACAGUUAAAAAUAAACCAAAAGGAAGAAAUCGACGUUUAUGAACAAGAAGUAAGUGAUGGGGAAGAGAAUCAAAUUGAAAUUGAAGAAGUCGAAGAAACCGUCACUGAAAUUGAACGAGAAACUAUUGUUGAAUCGUCCUUGUCUUUAGAAGAACAGUUGAUACAAGUGCAAAGACAAUUGCAGGCUUUGUCUCAAUUACCUUCAGCCAUUCAAGUAACUUUGGACGCUGUUUCUCAACAAUUGGCACAAAUAGUUGGAGUGAGACAACAAGAAGAGGAAGAAAGAUUGUACGAAGAAAACAAUAAUGAAGUAGAAGAUGCCGAGGAGAGACAUGAAGAUGAAGACACAAUUCCUGACAAAACUGAAAGAGACAUUUCUGAUAAGGAAGACAACGACAACUUAACUCCGCUAGAAGAAGAUCCACCCAAUAUACCAGAAGGACAACAAGAAGCUGGUGAAAAAGAGGUCGAACCUGAAGUUACCGAAGAGCCAGAAAGUAAAAUCUCUGAAGAGGAAAAGGAAGCUAAACGAAUCGAAGAGGAGAAAGAAAUUAAAAGGCAAAAGGAAAUGGAACUGCGUCCAAUCCAAAGACCAAUAAUCCUGCCGGGAGGCAGGAAAUGGACUGAACCUGACGAUGCUUGUCCACGUGUUAGAACCCCAAAAAUGUCUGACGAAAAAAUCGCUACCACUAUCGAAACAUACUCGGAGGUCAUAGUGGGCAAAGCAAAAGGCAUAAACUUCUUGAAGUAUCAACCCCCUCCGAAAAAUCUGGAUUAUCUCCAAAGGUCUGAAGUCUACAAACUCGUCCAUGACAUGGAUCCGCCGGUCAGGGGCAUCAGCAGCAGGGUAGAGAAAAUAUUAUCAGAACAAGAUUAUGUGCCUCACGGUGCUCCAUAAGAUUAGUAAUUUAGAGUUUUUGUGUGUCAAAUAAAGGUAUUGCUAUGUA